AUGACAUUCUUCUCUUCUUCAAAUUGUUUGAUCUCGAGAACGAAACAUUGGAUACGUGGGGAGCAUGUACGCAAACGUACCGGCACGGUUGCCAGUUAUUCCCAACCAAUACUCAAGUUGGCGGGAACUCAACCAAUUUACGACUACAAGCUCUUUGAGGAAGUUAGAAUGAUGCCCGAGAUCAUGUGUGAAGAGCUUCAUCAGGGCACCACCUUCGAGGACCUCCAGCUUGAAGACGGAGACUUUGUUUGUAUCCAAAAGUGGGUGAAACAGUCCGACAAAGUGCAAAAUUUCAACCUUCUGGCUUUCUUUGAGGCCGUCAAAACCAAGAUUUUUCAAAAGGCCUUUUGAUAGAGCCCAUCGACGGCUUACCUGUUUGGACGUAUCGUAUUGAUCACGCGAGUAGACUUCGUCGUCCUUAGAGAAGGCUAAUGCUGGACGGUCAUAGUCAUGAAGCACACAAGGAGAUAGGAAACAAAAUUGUGAUUAGUCCUCCAUGCUUAGUGAUGUUUUCAGGACAAGUUCAUCGGUGAUAAAGUCUAUGGUAAGUCUACGAUCGAACGACGGUUACCAUGUGUUGUGCACCCUGUAACUGAUCAUGACCGACGUCGGAUCCAACAUUCUAAUCAAGAUCGGACCCCCCUUACAC